UGCCGUUGCGGCGCGCGAGGAGGUCGAGCGCAGGAGGGCGCAGCUCAAGGAGGCCAACGGUGCGGGCGUUGCGGGCGCGAGGGAGAUGGACGUUGACCUGACGAGUCUCAAGAUCAAGGAGGAGGACGGCGAGGAGGUCGAGGUCGUGCACGGCGAGGAGGCAGAGGUCAUGGCGGCGCCGCCUCGGAAAGAGCGUCCAGCAGCCGCAGAAGAGCGCGCCGGCAUCAUCCGCUUCGCCGUCGUCACCAACGACGCCUCGCCCGAGUCGAUGAUCAUCCUCACGGGCCUCAAGAACAUCUUCCAGAAGCAGCUGCCCAAGAUGCCGCGCGAGUACAUUGCGCGCCUCGUCUUUGACCGCGCGCACUGGAGCAUGGCCAUCGUCAAGCGCGGCCUCGAGGUCGUCGGCGGCAUCACGUACCGCCCGUUCGAGGGCCAGAAAUUUGCCGAGAUCGUCUUCUGCGCCAUCACGGGCACCGAGCAGGUCAAGGGUUACGGCUCGCACCUCAUGAACCACCUCAAGGACUACGUCAAGGAGUCGACCUCGUGCCGCCACUUCCUCACGUACGCCGACAACUACGCCAUCGGCUACUUCAAGAAGCAGGGCUUCACCAAGGAGAUUCAGAUGGAGCGCGCAGACUGGGCCGGGUACAUCAAGGACUACGAGGGCGGCACCAUCAUGCACUGCUCGAUGCUCCCUCGCGUCAAGUACCUCGAGGCGCGCCAGAUGCUCGCACAGCAGAAGGAGGUCAUCCUCGCCAAGAUUCGCCUCCUGUCGCAGUCGCACGUCGUGCACCCGGGCCUGACGUUCUUUGCGUCGCGACCGGGGGCCAAGAUCGACCCGGCAAAGGUGCCCGGCCUGCGCGAGUCGGGCUGGACCCCCGAGAUGGACGAGCUCACGCGUCGGCCAAAGCGAGGCCCGCAAUUUGCCGUCAUGAAGAAGCUCCUCACGCUCCUCAUCGACCACCCAAGCUCGUGGGCGUUUGCCAACCCGGUCAACGCGCAAGAGGUCACCGACUACUACAACGUCAUCAAGGAGCCGAUGGACCUUGCGACGAUGGAGAGCAAGCUCGAGGCCAACAGCUACGAGACGCUCGACCAGUUUAUCUACGACGCCAAGCUCAUCUUCAAAAACUGCCGCCAGUACAACGACGGCGGGUCCAACUACGUCAAGAACGCCAACAAGCUCGAGAGCUACCUCGACUCGCAGGUCAAAGUGUACGGGUCGGCGACCGCCAUCUGACGUGUCUCUCUCGGUUCCUCUCCUUCGUCGUGCCGUGCAGUGUUGCUAUAGUACCCCUCGCCUCUUCUC